CUUGUAAAACAUUAUCUUGUUGUUGGCUUUUUUUCCUUAGCAAUAUGUAGAAUUGAGCUCAGCAGGGAUGAAUUAUCAAAAACACAAACACAUGCUCAAUCUAAUUGCAAUGUCUCGAAGUGAUCUCACAAUUUCUGGGUGAUAAUGCGAUUAUAAGCAAAUGAGCAUUUUUAUUCAGGCUUUCUGCGAUCGAAAAUGUAUCUCAAUUUCGUGAGUUUAGUUAUAGCUGUGCUGUGCCUUAUAUAUGUAGUGGAACCCAAGAAAUCAUACCAUAUCCCAAGCAUAGAGGCAAACUGGUUCAAAGCGAACGAAUUCUGUAACUCUCUGGGGAUGCGCUUAGCGGUAAUCAAAUCCAAGGAAGAAAAUGAUGCCAUCGGCGAGUUUGUGCGAACGACGGACAAGUUCUCGGAAAUAAACUGUAGUUUUUGGAUCGGUGCAACGGAUCUGGCCAAGGAAGGGUUAUUCAUUUGGACGCCAACAGGAGAGCGGUUGACAUGGACCAACUGGAGACGGGGUGAACCGAAUGAUGAGAGCGGCGAAGAGGAUUGCUUACAGUUGGCGUACAUCCCGUCACUCGAAUAUAACUGGAAUUGGAAUGACAAUUCGUGCUCGGGACAAUCAUUUCACUUUAUAUGUGAGAGUUCGGACACAAACUGUGUGACACAAUUCUAAAACAUCAUGCAGGAUAACGUUCGGAUCACUUAUCGGUCGGUUUGAUGUAAAUUUUACUCUUUUAUUUGUAGUAGAUAUGGUGUAUCGCAGCACCACUGUCUAUCUUGAAAUAUUUUUCUUUAUAAAUGUACACAAGUUAUGUUCACGUAGGCGUUUGCUUUCCUUGGCAGCAAAGAAAACUAAUCGCUCCCCACGAUUCGAGUACCGUUACCUCCCUAAACACACGCACCUCGCGAUCCACUCGGCAAUCUGGCUUCUAUUUGCAUAUACUCCUCAGCUAAAAUAAACAUGAUUGGCAUACCUAGAA